AUGACAAUUGUUGCAGCUUUCACUCCAAUCGAGAAAACCACCCAUAACUCCCACAAGUUUGGCUUCACUUUAUCACCAAACAACUAUGGCUAUUGGAAGGCAAUAGUUCAACCGUUCCUUGUCACAAACAACUUGUUCGGCUAUGUUGAUAACGCUUCUUCUAAUGAUGCAAUGGUUGAUUUUUUGAAGACUGAAAUUGAUUUGGAUGGAUUGAAAGAGGUUGAUAACGCUAUUAUAAAGGUUAGAAAUACUGUGAAGUACUAUAAAGUUUUGUACUAUAAAAAAGCUUUUAUUCAUUUAACGAAAACUGAUGCUAAUUAUUUGCAUUGUCCAACAAGUGAUGAGUGGGGAAUAAUUGAAAGGACUUUCAAGUUCUUGAAGGUUUUCUACGAGGUAACUUGUGCAUUUUCUGGCUCUAAAUAUACUACUACCAAUCUUUAUUUUGCUAAUGUUUUGACGGUUAGAGUGUUGUUACACAAAGAAAAAGACAAUGAUGAUACUUUCAUGAAAAACAUGGCUAGUCGGAUGUAUGAGAAGUUUGAGAAAUAUUGGGCUAAUUUUAGCAUAAUUAUGACAUUUGCGGCUGUUUUGGAUCCUCGUUAUAAAUUUCAGAUUGUUGAAUGGGGUUAUGAGAAAGUUUAUGGGCACGAGUACAAAUCUAAGUUGGCAAUAAUAAAAAAGAAAUUGUUUUCAUUAUUUAAUGAGUAUGUGGAUGAGUCACAUUUGAAUAAAACCAAAGUUGGUCAACCUAAGAGUAGAUCGUUGGACUCCCAAGAAGGAUCUCAAGAUGUGCUAGAUGUGGCUUCUGCUUCACUUAUGAUGGACUUCGAUACCUUUUCAAAUAAGGUAACUUCUCAAGCCGUAAAAUCUGAACUUGAAUGUUAUUUAGAGGAGAAGCUCAUGCCUCGUGCGAACAAUCUAAACAUUUUGGACUAUUGGAUAACUCAUGAGGUUAGGUAUCCAACUCUUGCUCGGAUAGCUAGGGACAUCUUAGCUAUCCCUAUCUCAACAGUGGCAUAUGAAUCUGCUUUUAGCAUUGGCGGUAGGGUCCUUGAUGCUUAUAGAAGUUCAUUAAAGUCUUCUACAAUUAAGGCUAUUAUUUGUCUAAGAGAUUGGGUAUAUGGAGAAAUACAAGUGGAAGCGCAUCUUGAGGCGCGAUGUGGAGCAAUCAUGACAGAAAAGAUAGAAGAUCAAGAAGAAAGUAAUACCGAUAGUGAAAUUGGGAUUGAUGAAAAUGGAAGUCAAGUUGCUUAA